GGGAAUAAGUGGCGAGAAAAAAAGACUCGCGUGUGUUAACAGCGGAAUCGAGAGGAGAAUAAACCGAGGAUAGCGACUCUUGCUGAAGGCUUUUAUCGGAGUUUUCUCCCCCACCUUUCCUUCCUCCGUCACAAUGUUGUGGUUCGUUCUAUUCCUGCCUGCACUGUGCUCGACGCAGCGUUCGGAGCCGAUGUUCUCAGCCAUAACUAAGACCGUGCUUCCUCCCGACUACGACAACAACCCCACCCAACUCAACUACGGCGUGGCCGUCACCGAUGUGGAUGGGGACGGAGACCUGGAGGUGUUUGUUGCAGGUUACAACGGACCUAACCUGGUUCUGAAGUUCGACAAGCUGAGAAGGAGACUCGUCAACAUUGCCGUGGACAAUCGCAGUUCCCCGUUCUACGCUCUGAGAGACCGCCAAGGCAAUGCUAUCGGCGUAACAGCGUGUGACAUUGAUGGAGAUGGCCGGGAGGAGAUUUACGUACUCAACACCAAUAACGCCUUUUCUGGACGUGCGACAUACACAGACAAACUGUUCAAGUUCCGAAACGGCCGAUUUGAGGAUCUGCUGAAUGAUGACAUUAACGAACACAGGGACGUGGCUAAUCGUAUGGCUGGACGCUCAGUGGCCUGUGUGGACAGAAAGGGCACGGGUCGCUAUGCCAUCUACAUAGCAAACUAUGCCAGUGGCACCGUGGGCCCACAUGCACUUAUAGAAAUGGACGAGGCGGCGAGUGACCUUUCGCAAGGCGUCAUCGCCCUCUCGAAUGUGGCCGAGCAGGCAGGAGUCAACAAGUUCACUGGAGGCCGAGGUGUGGUUGUGGGGCCCAUCGUGAGCCAGAGCUACUCCGAUGUGUUUUGCGACAACGAGUACGGACCCAACUUCCUGUUCCGAAACAACGGAGAUGGAACUUUUACUGAUGUGGCGCAGCAGGCUGGGGUGGAGGACCCCAUGCAGCACGGCAGAGGCGUAGCCCUCGCAGACUUCAACCGUGACGGAAAGACGGACAUCGUUUACGGCAACUGGAAUGGGCCUCAUCGUCUUUACAUGCAACUUAACAACCGUAAGCAGAGGUUCAAGGACAUAGCCUCACAGAAGUUUUCGAUGCCAUCCCCAGUCCGCACCGUUAUUGCUGCCGACUUUGACAACGACAAUGAGCUGGAGGUGUUCUUCAACAACAUUGCUUACAGGGGGCCAUCAGCCAACAGACUGUUUAGGGUGAGCAGGAGAGAGCAUGCAGACCCCCAAUUAGAGGAGCUGAAUGUGGGCGAAGCUUCUGAACCAGAGGGACGAGGAACUGGAGCUGUCGCCACAGACUUUGAUGGAGACGGUCGUCUAGAGCUCCUGGUGUCUCAUGGUGAAAGUGCAGCGCAGCCGCUUUCCAUUUACAAAGUCAACCUCGGGACCACAAACUCAUGGCUGCGUGUGAUUCCCCGGACCAAGUUUGGUGCUUUUGCCAGAGGAGCUAAAGUGGUGGUGUACACCAAGAGGAGUGGACCGCAUACGCGUAUCAUCGAUGGAGGGUCGGGGUACCUCUGUGAAAUGGAACCGGUCGCACACUUCGGCCUCGGUAAGGAUGUGGCCACAAAUGUGGAAGUGUACUGGCCAGAUGGAGUCUCCGUUGCUCGACCCUUGGAACUGUCAGAGAUCAACUCUGUGCUGGAGAUCCACUAUCCGAAAGAUGACGAUGAGGUCACCCCCACUGUGGAAAUAGAGUGCGGUCCUGGCUUUGCUCUGAAUGAAAAUGGACGCUGCAUUGAUAAAGAUGAAUGUACCCAGUUCCCCUCUGUGUGCCCCUCUGACCGCCCUGUUUGCACAAACACCUACGGCAGCUUUAAAUGCCGCGCCAAGAGAAGAUGCACUCAAGGCUUUGAGCCCAACGAUGAUGGGUCUGCAUGUGUGGCCCAGGUGGCUUACUUUGGGAAGACGCGAUCCUCUGCGGAACGCACAUGGUCGGCCAUUUCUUUCUGGCUAUCACCCUUCGGCGUGCUUCUUCUCAUCUCGAACCAUCUCCAGAGUGGACUACUGUAGGAACCUCCUUUUUCCACAGAAACUCUUGAAGAAAACAUUCUCUCCUCCUCCUUCUCCUCCUUUUCAUCCUAAAACAAGCUCAAUGGAGCUGUGAUAUCGGUCGUGUUUUCCCACCAUGCAUCACUUUUGGGGCUCGACAGGAACUUGCAGGGAGCAUGCUAGAAUUAACUGCGUUAGAGCCGCACAGCCCUUUUGUCGUCGCCUGGCAUAUAUCUCAGUGGGAUUUGAGCUGAGUCCAAUUCAAUAAGUGGGGGCUGCAGCGAGUAAAAACCACUGCAACGAAGCCUCUGGCUCCACCGGCCACAAUCAUUAGGGACACUUUGAGGCAGCCGUCUGUAUGUGCACAAUGCCGCUCUCAUUCUCCGUUAGGGCUUACCAGGAUGCUGAGGAACACCAGGUCUCCAAGCUACAGGUUGUGAGCGUGUGUGAGCGUGUGUGUGUGUGUUGUGUGUGCGCUAGGGAACAUAUGCCAGACCAUCUGUCAGCGGUGGUGGGUUACAUUUCGUUAACUAUUAAUAAUUCGACAGCACAGCAAAGAUGAACACUUUCUUUUUGUGUAAUGGCAUGAGGUUUAAUUUUAUUUAUGGGAGUCCACAUGACCUCACUAAAAACAACUAAUCACGAAAUUAUAUUUGAUCCCAUUAACAUGAGCUUCACCGUGUUUGUGGGCGCUCCCUGCAUGUGCCCUGAAUAAAUGUAAAAUCAAAUUAAACAUGGCAGACAUGCAAUUAGAGUCAAAACAUUAUUUUCACCAUUACAUAUUAUAAUAUUGUUUCGUUACAAUUUGACAGUGGUUAGCAUUUGAAAGUUAGUUUCUUUCAUUCCAAUAAUUCUCAGAAGCCCAACGAGUAUGUUGAGCAUUCUCGUAUAACAGAGUACAAACGACAGCACAUUUGGCUUUGUUUAGCAGUCUAACAAUCAUUAUAAAUGAUUUGCUUUGAAGAAUAAUUACGACUGUCUUUUAAAUUAAGUUUACUGAGUUCACCACGUCAAUUUUAAAGACAUUAAGUUCAAGGAGAAAAUCUUUUUUUUUAAUUGAGCAGCAUGAUAUUCCCGAAAUAAAGUCUCCUUCUUGGAAAUCAAAUCAAACGAAAGUGACCAUUUAACGUUGCCUGGGGGAUUUUCCUGCCCAUUUCACAAAGGUCAUGACGACAGCAUAAAAGACAGCAGUGAAAUACUUUUAAAACUAGUUCAAGCCUUUCCACUUUCUACAAUUGUUCAGAAUGCUCGUCAGUCAUUUAACACAUCGACAAGUAUUUAUUGCAUGCUAUAAAACACAGCAGAUUGCUCUUAUACACUUUUGCAGCUACAACGAAAAUU